GUAUCUCGUGCCUUCCCGCGCUUUCCUGCGGUCUCUUCCCCCGCGGCCGGACUGGAAGGCAGAGGGCAUCACGGCCGGAGUUGGGGUGACCGCACAACCCCGCAGGAUCCUCCUCCACCAGAAGUACUGUUGUGGGCUCAGACAGACCGCCAUGCCGACCCUGCGCUCGUCCUCUUCCUCCCCGCUGCCGUCCCCGGGGGCGCUGAGCCCGGCACCUUCUGCCCCGGUACAGAUCCCGGGUGUGCGGGGCUACGCCCGGCCUCUGCAGGGGGACAGUGACUCUUUGUCAGCUGGUGAAGGCAGUGACUUUGAAGACAGCUUGAGAUGCAACGUGAAGAAAAGAGCCGCAAAAAGACCACUCAGAUCAACCCCGGUGGCAAAGCAGCCAAAGAAGGGGUCCCGAAUGAUCCAUGGUCACAGACAGAAAAAGGCAGAGCCACCAGCCAGUGAUCUGUUCGAUGCUGUGAGAGCUGCCAAAAGUGACAUGCAGUCUUUGGUGGACGAGUGGCUGGAUAGCUACAAGCAAGACCAAGAUGCAGGAUUCCUCGAGCUCAUUAACUUUUUCGUCCAGUCUUGUGGAUGUAAAGGCACUGUGACCCCAGAGAUGUUCAAGAAGAUGUCCAACUCAGAGAUCAUCCAGCACCUAACAGAACAGUUUAAUGAGGACUCAGGAGAUUAUCCUCUGAUGGCUCCAGGUGCCUUCUGGAAGAAGUUCCAGGGCAGCUUCUGUGAGUUUGUGAGAACGCUGGUCUAUCAGUGCCAGUACAGCCUCCUCUAUGAUGGCUUCCCGAUGGACAACCUCAUCUCCCUGCUCACUGGCCUCUCAGACUCCCAAGUUCGUGCCUUCCGCCAUACUAGCACCCUAGCUGCCAUGAAGCUAAUGACCUCCCUGGUGAGAGUUGCCCUUCAGCUGAGCCUGCACAAAGACAACAAUCAGCGUCAGUAUGAUGCUGAAAGGAACAAGGGGCCAGGACAGAGAGCACCGGAGAGACUGGAGAGCCUGCUAGAGAAGCGCAAAGAGCUCCAAGAGCAUCAGGAGGAGAUUGAAGGGAUGAUGAAUGCUCUUUUCAAGGGUGUCUUUGUACAUCGGUACCGGGAUGUCCUUCCUGAGAUCCGUGCUAUCUGCAUUGAGGAGCUUGGGUCUUGGAUGCAGAGCUACAGUGCCUCCUUCCUCACAGACAGCUAUUUGAAAUACAUUGGCUGGACUCUUCACGAUAAGCACCGAGAGGUCCGUCUCAAGUGUCUGAAGGCUCUGAAAGGAUUGUAUGGCAACCGAGACUUGACGGCACGCCUGGAGCUCUUCACCAGCCGCUUCAAGGACCGGAUGGUUUCCAUGGUCCUGGACAAAGAGUACGACGUGGCAGUGGAGGCCGUCAGGUUGCUAACACUCAUCCUGAAGAACAUGGACGGGGUGCUGACAGCUGCGGACUGUGAGAGCAUCUACCCCGUGGUGUACGCUUCUAACCGAGCCCUGGCCUCUGCAGCAGGGGAAUUCCUGUACUGGAAACUCUUCUACCCUGAGUGUGAGACAAAGGCAAUGGGUGGUAGAGAACAGCGCCGCAGUCCCCAUGCCCAGAGGACUUUCUUCCACCUCCUGCUGUCCUUCUUUGUGGAGAGUGAGCUCCACGACCAUGCUGCUUACCUGGUGGACAGCCUGUGGGACUGUGCCGGGUCUCACCUGAAGGACUGGGAGAGUCUGACAAGUCUGCUGCUGGAGAAGGACCCGGACCAGAACCUCGGCGACAUACAGGAGAGCACGCUGAUAGAAAUCCUCCUGUCCAGUGUACGGCAAGCUUCCGAGGCUCACCCGCCUGUCGGUCGGCUCACUGGGAGGAAGAGUUUAACCUCCAAGGAGCGUAAGAUUCAAGCUGAUGACAGGAUGAAGCUGACUGAGCAUCUCAUCCCCCUGCUCCCCCAGCUCCUGGCCAAGUUCUCAGCUGAUGCAGAAAAAGUGGCUCCUCUUCUUCAGCUUCUCAACUACUUUGACCUCAGCAUCUACUGCACCAGGCGCUUGGAGAAGCACCUGGAACUGUUCUUGCAGCAGCUCCACGAGGUGGUGGUGAAGCACGCGGAGCCUACAGUACUUGAAGCUGGAGCUCAUGCCCUCUAUCUGCUCUGUAACCCCGAAUUCACCUUCUUUGGUCGUGUGGACUUUGCCCGCAGCCAGUUGGUGGAACUGCUGACUGACCGUUUCCAGCAGGAAGUUGAAGAGUUGCUGCAGUCGUCCUUCCUCGAUGAGGAUGAAGUGUACAGUCUAGCGGCCACGCUGAAGCGCCUCUCCGCCUUCUACAACGCUCAUGACCUCACUCGCUGGGAGCUCUAUGAACCCUGCUAUCAUCUCCUCCGGAAGGCUGUGGAUACAGGAGAGGUUCCUCACCAGGUGAUCCUGCCAGCCUUGACUCUUGUUUACUUUUCCAUUCUCUGGUCACUGACCCACAUUUCAGGAGUAGAUGAAUCCCAGGUGCUGAGUUUGAAGGGCAGAAUGGUGACCUUCUGUGAGCUGUGCCAGAGCUGCCUCUCAGACGUGGUUCCGGAGAUCCAGGAGCAGGCUUUUGUCUUACUGAGUGAUCUGCUUCUCAUCUUCAGCCCUCAGAUGGUUGUGGGGGGCCGUGAUUUCCUUAGGCCCCUUGUCUUUUUCCCUGAAGCCACUCUCCAGUCUGAACUAGCCAGCUUCCUCAUGGACCACGUCUUCAUCCAGCCUGGAGACCUGAGCAGUGGCCAUUCUCAGGAAGAUCACUCACAGAUAGAGCAGCUGCACCAGCGCCGCCGCCUCCUGGCUGGGUUCUGCAAAUUGUUGCUUUAUGGAGUCCUGGAGAUGGAUGCAGCCUCUGACGUCUUCAAACACUACAACAGGUUCUACAAUGACUAUGGUGACAUUAUCAAGGAAACACUAACUAGAGCAAGACAGAUCGACCGAAGUCACUGUUCCCGAAUCCUGCUGCUGAGCCUCAAACAGUUGUACACGGAGUUGCUGCAGGAACAGGGGCCCCAGGGCCUAAAUGAACUUCCAGCCUUCAUUGAGAUGAGGGACCUGGCACGGAGGUUUGCCUUGAGCUUUGGACCCCAGCAGCUUCAGAACCGUGACCUGGUAGUCAUGCUGCACAAAGAAGGCAUCAAGUUCUCCUUGUCUGAGCCUCCUCCAGAAGGCUCCUCUGCUCAGCCCCCCAACCUGGCCUUCCUGGAGCUCCUCUCAGAGUUUUCUCCACGACUCUUCCAUAAGGACAAGCAGCUACUACUGUCCUACCUGAAAAAGUGUCUGCAGCAUGUCCCCGAGGCGGUGGGCCUUUCCUGGGGCCCAGUCACCACCUACUGCCACUCCCUCAACUCUGUGGAGAGCACAGUGGAGGCCAGCCCUCAGGGUCACCCCCCCUCCAAGAGGAGACGCAUUGAAGGUCCCUGCAGACCACCCAGAGAGGACACCUCUUCAUCCCGAGAGGAGAGCCUACAGGUGGCUAGUAUGCCGCCCAUGCCCACCCUCACAUCCACAGCUGUGAAGAGCAGGCAGCCCCUGAAGGCCCUGACAGAACUUGAAGAAGAGGGUGGCUCAGAGGCAGAGCUGGCCCAAAGCCGGCCGCUUUUAGCCACCCCGAGGCCGAAGAUCUCAAGUUCACGUCGCUUCUGGACCUCACUCAGCCCUGCAGGUCCAGGUCUGGGCAGCCGACUGACCCGACUCAGUCUUAUGGAAGAGGAUGAAGACGACUUGGGAAUGCAGAGUGAACCCAGCGGAGAAUGGCAAGCUGCAGACAGUCAAACAAGUGGCCAGUCUUCCCCCAGUGAGCCUGGCCUGGACCUCUUGGAUUCAACAGAGCUGAACAUUGAGGAGAUCUGCUAGGACUCUGCUCCUUCCCCUUCCCACCCCCCCCCACUUCCAUGGCAGGACAACUUAAGAAAAACCAACAAGAGAGGAGAACCCUGACUUCUAGGCUCCACCCUGGUCUCCGAGGUGCUGUUCCUGCCCAGCCUUUCUCAGAUGAAGUUGAGGUGGAGAACCCUUGUUUCCCCUCACCCCUCGUCCUUCUACUGUCCCACAACUCUGUCUCUGUUUGAGCAGGCCCCCUAUUUCCUGCCGCGUUUGGAGAGGUGGGGUGUCACUUGACUAUUGGAGGCCUUUUCCUGUGUACAUGGGGAGGGCCCAACAAGUUCCCUGUAUUUUUGGAAUAACCCAGUCACUUUGUGCCCUUGUGAUUAGCUCAAUAAACAAGUUGAAAUCA